AUGUUGUCUGACGUUGAUUUCUCAGACGAAACGCUUUCUUUUGCUUUCGACGGAAGCAAUGAUGAGAUUUUCAAUUUUGAAAUGCCGAAUAUGCUUGAAGAUAUCAAUUUUGAUAACCUAAAUCUGCCCGACGAGGUGCUGGGAGAAAAUAUUCUUGAUACCUCGGAUAGCGAUAGUGGUAUCAGUAAUCAUGGUGAUAAGCAUCCAUUUCUGUGCGACGUCGAGCUAGGAAAUGUAGACGUUCCAGAGUCAACUUUUUCAUCUGAAAUGUCUUUCCUCCCUUCCGCUACAACGGUUAAUAGUGAUGCAGUUGAUUCCGUCCUCUCUAACAAUGCGUCUUAUUCCCAAUCUCAACGGAAACGUCCUAGACCACAAGAGCCUCUUAUUACAGGGUUUGCACCUGUGACUAGUAGGCAAAUCUCUUCAUCUUCUUUUGGUGUCAGCCGUACAAUUUCCGUGGGGUCCGUUCCCCCAAAAUUGGAACCUCAGAAUUUUACCUCAACCAUUCACCAAAUUCCAGCCUCUCAAACUAAAUCGGGGGAGAUAAUCAAUCACCAUUUGCCCCCGAAAAUGCCUCGUAUCCUUUCGAGAGGACAAAGUGGCGUUAGUAGAUUCAUGGUGGCCAGCUCAAACCAACCAACUUUCGUCCAACCAACGCCCUUCUCCUACACUGCUACCCCUACCGUUAAUAUAAGCAAACAAGAGAUUGCCGAUUCCUCGGGCGCCGCUACCGCUUGUAUCUCUGAUCCCCAGCAGCAACAACAGAAACCCCACUUGUUGCCCUCUGUGGUCAGUCUCCCGGUGAUCGACGAUCUCACUUUCUCUAACUCCUUCCAUGUCAUCUCUCCACCCACUGAAACGGAGAGCAUUGAAAAGUUGGUUAAGAAGCAGGAACGUAUGAUCAAGAACCGUCAAGCUGCUUGUCUCAGCCGCUUACGCAAAAAGGAGGCACGUAAUUACCCCCCCCCCCCUUACCCUCAUAUUUACAUGAGUACUAUUUUAUUUUGCAUGUUUAUUAUUGAAAAAGGGGCAGCACAUAAGGGGGGGGGGUUUAUUUUGACAAGUGUACUUCCUAAUCUGUUUAGAUAA